AUGCACAAGAAAAAUUUAAACAAAAGUACAGAUUCCAUACGAAUUGUCCGGGCAACUCAAGUGCGCCUGGAGGAGAUCAAAGACAAGAUUGAUCAAGAAAAACACAAAAGUAUGAAAUCAAACUAUCAAGAAAAGAUAAGAAUAUGGAACGAGCUAAAAUUGAUUCGUCGUGUGUAUGAGCCACUCUACGUGCUUAAGAAGAAUCAGUUCAAUACGGUGAAUAAUCAACCCACGGCAAAACUCGACACGGCACAAAAUGAAAGGAACAGCGUUUGUAAUAGUCGUGCUUAUGAGGGAUCGAAUGCCUUUGUGAAACAGCCACGACUGUUAAAUAGGGCGGAAAAUCAAAACACUUCUGCUUUCUCGAGAGUACAGAGAAGGCAGACAUUUGUGGAGGGAACAACUCUUUUAACGCACAGAUCACUUUAUCAAGCAAAGUUAGAAACAUCAGCGCCCAUGCGUGCAAGAUCGAGUAGCUGGUCUCCUUCAAUAACCAGAGAGCCGAGUGGAGCUUACUCCGCCACGAGCCGGCGAGAACACAUCGCCAAACUUCGCAGUGCCACCGAAGAGCCUCACGUUUCUGACUCAAUGUCGUCCGUGACAAUGGGAUAUUUGGCUUUUAAGCGAGUGUUGAAGAACAACCGACAAUCUGAGAGCAUGGAACGUAAGGUAGUGGAUUCCAGAUUCAGAACAACGUCAAUGGACGAAGCGGAACUCAGUGUGAACUCACGGCUUUUGAUGCCCGAAUCGGGUUCAGACAUAAAUGCAGUCGAAGAAACGAACGAGUUAGUGCCUGAAACGUCCUGGCUUCAAGAAAACCCUCAUCUUGUUAAGAAGGUUAAUAAGCCAAGAUCCACAAUAGGAAAACGUAGUUCCGCGCCAGUUAACAAACUACGAAUCCGUUCAUCUCUGUCGUGGCCUUUAGCAGAAAUGUCUGUGAGAUCGCCAGGAAGAGGAGGCCAAAACUUGCAUAAGUCAGAAAAACUUUGCGUUAAUAGCAUCGAAGUACCAUCGCGUGCAGCAACUCCAGCAACACAGCAGCCAGAAAAGAAGGCAAAAUUGUCGAACAGAUGUAAAUCGUCUACAACUUGUCAAGUGAAUGUAACGGGGUCCAGUGAAAGCGAGGAAGAAGAGAUUAAGUUUGGCACAUUCGGUGAUGAAAGCUUUAAGUUUAAAAUUCAAAGCCGAAACAACAAGGCCGCGAGAUCGAUUAGUGCAUCUAAAUUAUUUAAGCCCUCAGGAACCGGGUGCUUCAGCAGAAGUUUUCAAGCUGUAAGCAAGUGA